GCCAGAGGCGGAGGCGGAGGCCGCCGCGGGCAGGGGAAGGGCUGGGGGAGCCGCCCUCCCUUCUCCGCCCCGCCGUGGGCGCCUUGUUCCUCUAGGGCUCCUCCGCUGCCAAGGCAGCCUCUGCCCUUGCCGCCGUCAUUUCUCCCCGGUGUCCCCACGGACCCCGCUCCGCUUCCUGUAGCGGUCUUGGUUCCAGCUAACUUGCGGGCCAGCUUGUACUGAACUAGAUGGUGCGGAUGCAGAGGUAAAUCAACAUGAUUAGUGCCUUAAAAGCCGCUGUUCUGGAAUCGGUGACAGACCUAAAGUCAAAUAAAUUAGAGGUCAGUGAUACUCAGAGGGACGAGGUCACUGCUGCCGCGAAGCUAAGGGCAGGGAAGGUCAGGAAGACUUCCUAGUGGAGGCGGCAGCUGAUCUGGGUUGGAAAGGGAACAAGAAUUCAUCAGACUGAAAGAGGAAUUUCAGUCCGUGGAAACAGCAUGUGCAAGAGCCCGGAGUGUCAGCACGAUGUCUUCCUCCGGCCCUGAGGAUACCCCCCGAGAGCCUGAGUCUGAGCCUGAACCCUCAACCUCCAAGCAGAAACAGAGGGGAAAGCGGCCACAGCAGGAGGCCAGCGUCCACGCCCUCACCAGGGCUGGCCACGGGGCGCUCCUGGCUGGCCGGAACCACGAAGCCCUGACCAGCUUCCAGAGGGCCUUCGUCCUGGCCUCGGAGGCCCCGCAAACUUGGGACACCCCUGUUCUCCGGGCCUGUGCCUUCAACCUGGGGGCUGCCUACGUGGAGACCGGGGACCCAGCCCGGGGCCUCGAGCUGCUCCUGAGAGCCCGACCUGAGGAGAAGGCGCAGGGCAGGCGUCACGGCGACCAGUGUUUCAACGUGGCUUUGGCCUACCACGCCCUGGGCGACCUGCCUCAAGCUCUGGCCUGGUACCACAGGGCCCUGGGUCACUACCAGCCACUAGGCGACCAUGGGCAAGUCCAGGCAAAAAUGGGAGCCUGCUACCAGGCUCUGGGACAGCCUGAGCUGGCAGCCCACUGUCUGCAGGAGGCAAGCCGGGCCUAUGCCCAAGCAGGGCAGCCCCAGGCUGCGGCCUUGGCCUUGGGGGCUGCGGCGGGGUGUAUGCUGAAGAGCGGGCGGCAUGGGGUGGGCGCGGUGACGCGGGUGCUGGAGGAGAGCCGGAGGCUCGCUGAGAGGAGCCCUGAGCACAGACUGCUGGGGCAUCUCUAUAACGACCUAGGCCUGAGCUACUGCCAGCUCCGGCUGUUCCCGCUUGCAGCGGAGGCCUUCCUGCGGGCCCUGCCCCUGUGUCGCGGGCCGGGAGAGGAGGCCACGGUGCUGAGAAACCUCGGGACGGCCCACAGUGCCCUCGGCAACUACCGGCAAGCCCGGGAGUGUCACCAGAAGGCUGCUGACCUGCACGGCUCCGGGGGGCAGCGGCGGGAGCAGGGCCGGAGCUUUGGCAGCCUGGCAUUUGUACUGAGCCAGCUGGGGGACCACAGGGCAGCCAGAGACAACUACCUACACGCCCUGCAGGCGGCCCGGGACACUGAAGGAGCCAGACUCUGUGCGGGACCGGCUGGUGGCCAAGCUGGAGGACGCCAUGAGGACCCACCUGGCCCGGGCCGGGCUCGUCCCCACGCACGCCCUGGUGAGGUGACACCUGAGACAAGGAGUGGGGACGGGGACAGGUGGCCCAGAGAAGGGGGUGGUGGCAAAGCAGAGCUGAUGCCCUCAGGGCUGCUGCCCCGGGCUGCUCGUGUGUGUGUGUGUGUGUGUGUGUGUGUGUGUGUGUGUUCACCUGCCCCAGAGCCCGCAGAGUGGACACGUGUCGCUUUUCCGAGGACACCUGCGGGUAGGGAGGUGGGCGGGGUGGGGGGGGUGUGGCCCGUCUCCCAGCGCUAG